ACCUGUAUUCAUCAAACUGUGACCUAACCACCUCCUUUUUCCAUCUCUCUCUCUCUCCUCUCUCUUGACAUCCAUUACAACAUGUUUCCAUCUCCUCCAAAUCUAAAUCCAACUUCCUUGUUUUACCAACUCUUUUGUAGAUCUUUUUACCUCUCUCUAUAUAAUUUAUUUUCUUUCUCUACUCCUGUUUCUUCUUCAUUUUUUCAUCUAAAUCUUGAUUUUCCUCACUCUCAAACCCUUUCGCUCAAACCCUAACUCCUUAAACCACCACAAAUCAAUAUACAUUUUGAAGAGAAACUCCCAAAGAUGUUGUAGCUCUUCCUUUGAACUUCAAAGACACACUAUAUUUGUAUUAUCUUCAUUUGUUAUAUUCCUUUCAGGACUUAUUAUUCUUCGAGCUUCACCUCAUAAGAUCUAAUUUUCUACCCCUUGUUAUUCAAGAUUCGUAAGUAUAUAUGGAUCCUAAUUUUUCCCCAAUAAAAGAAGAGUUUCCUGGAUCUAAUGAGACUUCUUCCAUUAUGUGGACUAAUCCUCAACCAAUGGAGGGGCUUCAUGAGAAUGGGCCUCCACCAUUUCUAACAAAGACUUAUGAACUUGUGGAUGAUCCAAACACAAAUGGUGUUGUUUCUUGGAGUAUAGGUAAUAACAGUUUCAUUGUUUGGGAUCCUCAGACCUUUGCCAUGAAUCUACUUCCAAGGUACUUCAAGCAUAACAAUUUCUCAAGCUUUGUCAGGCAGCUCAAUACUUAUGGAUUUAGGAAGGUUAAUCCAGACCAAUGGGAGUUUGCUAAUGAAGGUUUCUUGAGGGGACAAAGGCACCUCUUGAAAUCAAUUAGGAGGAGAAAGACAAGUAAUUUCCAUCCUGGCCAAGCUUCAAAUCAAGGUAUAGACUCUUAUAUUGAAUUGGGAAAGCUUGAAUUAGAUGGAGAAAUUGAUCGAUUAAGGCGCGAGAAGCAGGUUUUGAUGAUGGAAUUGGUGGAGCUUAGACAACAUCAACAGACUACUAAAUCAUACAUCAAAUCAAUGGAAGAAAAGCUUAAAAAAACUGAACAAAAACAAAAACAAAUGAUGAGUUUCUUGGCUAAAGCAAUGCAAAAUCCAAGGUUUUUCGAGCAAAUGAUGCAACAAAGGGAAAGAAGGAAGGAGCUUGUAGAAGAAACUAGGAAGAAGAGGAGGCGGCAAAUUGAUUAUCAAGGUCCUAGCAAUGUUGGACUUGAAGAAUUAGGCCACAGUGUGAAUAAUAUCGAUGGAAAUGAUCUUAAUAUAAAGAUGGAACUUCAAGAAUAUUAUGUUGAAAUUUAUGGAUUUGAUGAUUUUGAAUUGGAGAGAUCACUUGAUCAUACGAGCAUGCAAGGACCAAGUGGGAACACAAUCAAUCUUGAUCAAGAAGACUACAAUAUUGAGAAUGAAGAUUUCUUAAACUUUGAAAGUGAGAAUAAAGCUAUUGAUGAAGGAUUUUGGGAGGAUUUGUUGGAUGAAAAUGUUGAAGAUGAUAUCAAUUUACUUGAUAAUAAUAUUGAAGGAGGAAAUGAGGAAGGAAAUGUGGAUAUUUUGGCUCAUCAGCUUGGAUUUCUGGGUUCUUCACCAAAGUAAAUAUCAAUCAAUUUACUGUUAGUUUUUGAUUCUUUUGUUUUCAUAAUAUGGAUUUUAGUUCUAUAUAUGAUUUAUCUAAUAUAGAACUAUAAGUUAGAUGCUAAUUAAUUGGCAUCGAGGAUGCCAAUUCUUUUGCAAAAGAAAGCAAUUCUACAAGUAAGUUUAAUUUUAUGAUUCUCACGUGUUUUAUAUCUUCCUUUUAACCCAUGGAAUUGUUUGGUACCUUUCACAUCUUGGAAGGUCUACUUGUUUUCUUCUGUAUUGAAAUGUAACUUUGCCCC